AUGCAUCUUCUGAAAUACAACAGUGAGGGUCGAUUUGAGCUGGUCAGAAAUCUUGUUGGCAGCGACACUCCAAAAUACGCCAUCCUAUCGCACACAUGGGGGGCAGAUGCAGAUGAGCUGACCUUUCAAGACCUUAUGAACAAUACUGGACUGGACAAAUCUGGCUAUCAAAAGCUUCAAUUUUGUGGAGAACAAGCUAAUCGCGAUGGUUUACGAUACUUUUGGGUGGACACUUGCUGCAUCGACAAAUUAAGUAGUGCUGAACUCCAAGAGGCUAUCAAUUCUAUGUUUCGCUGGUAUCAAAAUGCUACUAAAUGCUAUGUGUACCUUUCAGAUGUUUCAACAAACGGACACAAUCAAGCCACUUCCUCUUGGCAACCAAUCUUCAAAGCGAGUCGGUGGUUCACUCGUGGCUGGACACUUCAAGAGCUUCUUGCGCCGAGAUCGGUCGAGUUCUUCUGCUCGAAUGGUAUGUUACUUGGCGACAAGACGUCUCUCCAGCAUUUCAUUCACGAAAUUACUGGGAUUGAGACAUCAGCUCUUCAUGGACAGAAUUUGUCUGAUUUCACCAUUGAUGAGCGAAUGUCAUGGGCAAAAAAACGCCAAACGAAGCGUGAAGAAGACAUGGCCUAUUGCUUAUUGGGCAUUUUUGAUGUUCAUAUGCCACUAAUCUACGGCGAACGAUCAGAAAGCGCGUUUAGGAGGCUCACAGAGGAGAUUGGAAAACGCCCAAAGAAACACACUCUUGAUGAUCCGCCAGUUUUUUCUGCUGCUGAUUCCAGUUCCAGAAAACGAUCGAAAGCCUCACGAUAUGAAUCUUCCAAUCACCUAUCCCGCCUCCAGACUGUAGGAGCCUCUGAAACCCCUUGCCAGUAUCCUACGCAUGAUAUUGAUGCCACCACCAGGCAAUGCAUCAUAGAUCAACUCUACUUCCCCAAAAUCGAUGAGCGUCUAACGAGUUUGACUGCUGCCCAAGGGACAACAUGCCGUUGGUUUCUUACCAAACCGGAAUACUUAUCAUGGAACGAUGUUUCAAGCCGGCAAGAUCACGAAGGAUUUCUUUGGAUCAAAGGCAACCCCGGCACAGGAAAGUCAACGUUGAUGAAACUACUCUUCGAGGAGGCUAAGCUUAAGACAAAAGGCGAUUUCUCAAAAAUCACACGAUCAUUCUUCUUUCUGGCACGGGGUACGAUUGAAGAAAGAACAACUACUGGUUUAUAUCGCUCUCUUUUGCACCAACUAUUCGAAAAGAUGAUCGAGCUUAGAGAUAGCUUGGAGUGGAUGACAGCCGAUGGCGCGAGAGGUAUUGAAAGAAAUGGAUGGAGUGAAGCAGCUUUAAAGCAUGCUGUAACAAAGCUUGGAAGCAGGUCACUGAUGGUAUUUGUCGAUGCGCUGGAUGAAUGCGACCAGAAGCAAGCAAGUAGAAUGGUUUCGUUUUUUGAGGAAUUAUGUGAGCUUGCAGAAGUUUCCCAAGUUAGCUUGCAAAUAUGCUUUUCUAGUCGACACUAUCCCACUAUAGUCAUCCAGAAGGGCAUGGAACUGACUCUAGAAGAUGAAGUUGGGCAUAUGGAAGAUAUUCAGCACUAUAUCAAGUCAAAGUUAAGGCUAGGCAAAUCCAAACAAGCCGAGGCACUUCGGUUCGAAAUCCUCGAAAAGUCUUCUAGCAUUUUUCUCUGGGUCGUCUUAGUUCUUGAUAUCCUUAAUUCCGAGUAUAGAUCUGGCUCUAUUUCUAUUAAGAAAAUCAGUGAGCGCCUCAACGAAAUCCCACCAGGACUGAACGAUCUGUUUGAAAUGAUCCUAAAGCGGGAUGGAGAGAACCUCGAAGAACUACAACUUUGUCUGAAAUUGAUUUUAUUUGCAGCUCGUCCCUUGAAACCACAAGAACUCUACUUCGCAACUCAAAUCGGUCUUGAUGAAGAUUGCACGGGUUUUUGGGAUCAGGAGGAUGUCAAUAUUGACCAAAUGAGACUAUAUGUGAGGAGCUCAUCUAAAGGCUUGGCUGAGGUGACGAAAAAUAAAGCUUCAGACGUACAGUUUAUCCACGAGUCUGUCCGGGACUUUUUGUUGGGUAGAUACGAGACUCAAUUGUCUGGAGUUCCCGGAAGUUUUGUCGGCCAUGGGCAUGACACGUUGAAGAAUUGUUGUUUAGCUCAACUAAACGCUGUCAUCAACCAAAAGGUUGUAAAACAUUUCAACUUUAGCAAAUCAAACUUCUGGGAAUGUCGUAACAUGAAAUAUCCAUUUUCAAACACAUUAAAGCCCGAUGAGCCAGUCCCACUUAAUCAACGUUCCAAGGAAACACAGUCAAAGUUGCAAGAGGAAAUUAGACUGAAGUUUCCAUUUCUCGAUUAUUCAAAAUAUUUUAUAGAGCAGGCAGGCUUUUUAGCAAAAUUUCCCACCCAUCUAUGGGUAUUCGUGAACAACUAUUUAGAGAAUCACGAAAUCCGACGAUACACGCACUCGGUAACUAUUCUCUACCUCCUGGCAGAAAGAAAUUUAGCCAACGUCAUUCGAAUACGUCCCAGAAAGGAGUCUUGUUUUGAUGUAACAGAGCAGCGAUAUGGACCAUCAAUUCUUGCUGCUCUGGCUACUGAGAGCGACGAAGCUGCUCAGACGCUCCUGAAGGUUGAAGCUGAAACAUAUCCCUCAAACUCUCUACUGCAUGACUUGUGCAAAAUAUAUCACCCAAAAAAGAACAAAAAUGUCAAGCUUGGACGCAGCUUCACUUACAUACAAAAAAGAGAUCUUGUUUUUCAGCUUUUACAUUACGAUCAGGAGAUACCGCUUGUUUUUCUACUCAGCUCGGACGAGAGUUGGUUUGACCCCAAAGUGACGAAUCGUGGCAAGACCUUGCUGAUAGAGGCUGUUGAAAUGGGUCAUUGUGUUGUAGCCACAUUUUUGUUAGAGAGGGGCAUUGAUGUUAAUUUUAAGGAUGAGACUCUCGCGGUGUCACCUCUGCAGCACGCUGUGGGUUGCGGUCACGCGAAUAUAGUUAAACUGCUUUUGGAGAAGGGCGCUGAGCCCAAUUACAAUAGCAGACACAGAGCACCCUUGAUGAUAGCUAGCUCUCGAGGACAGUUGGAUAUAGUCGAAUUGUUAUUGGUGUACGGCGCUGAGAUUGAUUGUCGGGACUCGAACAAUCAAACAUCUUUGAUAAAGGCUGCUUCCCUAGGACAUCUAGACAUUGUCAAAUUGUUAUUGGAGUAUGGCGCUGAGAUUGAAUACGGAGGGACCACUAAUAACACACCUCUGAUGAUUGCUGUUGAUGGUAAACAUGACAAAAUUGUCAAGGUAUUAUUGGAAGAAGGCGCUGAGGUGAAUAUUAAAACACAGUCUGAUAACACACCCUUGUUGCAAGCUAGUUGGGCCGGAUGCCUGGACAUGGUCAAUUUGUUACUGAAGCAUGGUGCUGAGAUUGAUUGUCGGGACUCGCGUCAUCAAACGCCUCUGAUAGUGGCUGUUUUUCGUGGACACGAGAAAGUAGUUAAAUUGCUACUUGAUAAUGACGCUGAAGUCAAUUGCGUUGAUUUCGGUGGCGAAACGCCCAUAGUGAAAGCUUCUGCUGCCGGAAAUAUAGGUAUAAUGAGUCUGUUGUUAGAUAGAGGUGCCAAGUUUGAUUGUGAAAAAGAGGGGUUUGCGUCGGCGCUGCUCUCAAAUUUGCGACACGGACGCAUGGAGACAGUUGAGUUUCUCUUACAGAAUGGCGUGGAUACAAACGUAAGAGAUAGGAUGCCAGGGUAUAAAGGCUGGACGCCCCUGAUCCACGCUGCUAGAAAUGGUCACGAGACAAUAGUUAAACUAUUGUUGAAAAAUGGUGCUCAGAUCAACGCGGAAUGCGAAAGCGGUUCGACACCAUUGUAUGAAGCUGCUUCUCAGGGACACGCGACUAUUGUGGAGUUAUUGUUAGAUAAAGGUGGCAAAGUUGAUUUACUGAUGAAAUUUGGCUGUGGCCUACUUUCAGAUGCUAUUUCUAGGGGGCAUGAAGAUAACAAAGACAACAACGGGUUAUUGAUACACGCUGUUAAAAUAGCCAUUCUAGGUGGAAAGCUAUCUAUACUGAAACUAUUGCUGGAAAAGCCUCCAAACAUUAAUCAGAAGGAUGUAAGAGGUCAGACGCCGUUGUUCUGGGCUAUUUGUUUUCUGCGUGAAGAUAUGGUCAAGUUAUUGUUAGACAAGGGUGCUGAUAUUGAAUCGAGAAGCGACGGUGGUCUUUCACCAUUGAUGUAUGCCAUCCUUCUAGGAGGUUAUCUGCCCAUCGUUAAGACAUUGCUAGACCGUAGUGCUGACAUCAAUGCUGAAGAUGACGAAGGUUCAUCACCAUUAUCCAUGAUAAAGAAAAAUCCUAGUUUAAUUGAUCUGUUGGAAGCAAAUGUUCCUGGAUUAAAGAUUGACCGCUGA